CCACCACCAGCCUGGCGACCAACUGCAGCCACUUUUAUUGAAAGAAAGAAAGAAAGGGAGAAAGGCAACAGAGGUCAGGAAAGCCGGGAACAAGUCAGCAGCCAGAAACUCUCCAGCGAUCUGCCAAGGGGGAGAGGGUAGUUGCGCUCCGGCGCUGGGGGUGGGGUGGGGGCGCGGGGACACAAGGGCGCAGGGGCGCAGGGGCGCACGGCCACCGACAGCCGGGUGCGCCUAGCUUGAGGCCGCGGAGAGGAGCCGAACUGGGAGGGGUGGGGGGGUCUUCGGCCUCAACACUGCCUGCCAGCCCCAGCGCGCCCAAGUCUCCACGCCGGAGCUGCCCUUCUGAGGGGCUCUUCGCAUGCACUGCUUUCCCCAUUCUUCUGGCUGGAGUUCUCCCGCCGUCACUGCAGUGUCCAGAGAUGCUGCGCUGUAGACCCGGGACCCCUUAGGCGCCUCUUCCCGUCCCUCUGCCAAAGCGCAACGCCUGUACUUUUCCAGCUCCUUCUUUCCCUCUUGAAAUUGAAAGUUAUUGAGGUCGCUCAGGGUUGUUGCUCCAGCAGUUUCCUUCCCCGCCCCCGAGCUCCCCCCGCCCCCCACAGCCAUCCCCCCUCCUCUCCCCCUCCCUGCCCUCCUCUCCCCCUCCCUGCCCUCCUCUCCCUCCCCCGUCCCUGCCCUCCUCCUCCUCCCCUAUGUGGUGCUCCCGGGAGCCCAGCCCAACACUGGAGCGUCUCCUGCUCGCGCACGCCAGAAGCAGCUCGGGGUCUCUCCGCCGCCCCUUGGCCAUGGCCGCUGUGCCGACGGCGCCCGCUCCCCUGCGCUCCCGGGGCCCCCGCCGCUGCAGCCGCAGCCGCCGCAGCUUCUGAGCCCAAGGGGCCGCCGCUGCCGCCGCCGCCGCCGCUCGCCCGCCCGGAUCCCGCCUGCGGCAGUUGCCGCACAACAUGCUACCUGCGGCCGCCCCGGCGGCUCCUGGAACCCCGGUUCGCGGCGAUGCCAGCCACCCCAGCGAAGCCGCCGCAGUUCAGUGCUUGGAUAAUUUGAAAGUACAAUAGUUGGUUUCCCUGUCCACCCGCCCCGCUUCGCUUGCCAUCACAGCACGCCUAUCGGAUGUGAGAGGAGAAGUCCCGCUGCUCGGGCACACUCUAUAUACGCCAAACACCUACAUAUAUUUUAAAAACAUUAAAUAUAAUUAACAAUCAAAAGAAAGAGGAGAAAAGGAAGGGAAGCAUUACUGGGUUACUAUGCACUUGCGACUGAUUUCUUGGCUUUUUAUCAUUUUGAACUUUAUGGAAUACAUCGGCAGCCAAAACGCCUCCCGGGGAAGGCGCCAGCGAAGAAUGCAUCCUAACGUUAGUCAAGGCUGCCAAGGAGGCUGUGCAACGUGUUCAGAUUACAAUGGAUGUUUGUCAUGUAAGCCCAGACUAUUUUUUGCUCUGGAAAGAAUUGGCAUGAAGCAGAUUGGAGUAUGUCUCUCUUCAUGUCCAAGUGGAUAUUAUGGAACUCGAUAUCCAGAUAUAAAUAAGUGUACAAAAUGCAAAGCUGACUGUGAUACCUGUUUCAACAAAAAUUUCUGCACCAAAUGUAAAAGCGGAUUUUACUUACACCUUGGAAAGUGCCUUGACAAUUGCCCAGAAGGGUUGGAAGCCAACAACCAUACUAUGGAGUGUGUCAAUAUUGUGCACUGUGAGGUCAGUGAAUGGAAUCCUUGGAGUCCAUGCAUGAAGAAGGGAAAAACAUGUGGCUUCAAAAGAGGGACUGAAACACGGGUCCGAGAAAUAAUACAGCAUCCUUCAGCAAAGGGUAACCUGUGUCCCCCCACAAAUGAGACAAGAAAGUGUACAGUGCAAAGGAAGAAGUGUCAGAAGGGAGAACGAGGAAAAAAAGGAAGGGAGAGGAAAAGAAAAAAACCUAAUAAAGGAGAAAGUAAAGAAGCAAUACCUGACAGCAAAAGUCUGGAAUCCAGCAAAGAAAUCCCAGAGCAACGAGAAAACAAACAGCAGCAGAAGAAGCGAAAAGCCCAAGAUAAACAGAAAUCGGUAUCAGUCAGCACUGUACACUAGAGGGUUCCAUGAGAUUAUUGUAGACUCAUGAUGCUGCUAUCUCAACCAGAUGCCCAGGACAGGUGCUCUAGCCAUUAGGACCACAAAUGGACAUGUCAGUUAUUGCUCUGUCUAAACAACAUUCCCAGUAGUUGCUAUAUUCUUCAUACAAGCAUAGUUAAAGAGCCAAAAGAUCAAAGAAGGGAUACUUUCAGAUGGUUGUCUUAUGUGCUUCUCUGCAUUUUUAAAAGACAAGACAUUCUUGUACAUAUUAUCAAUAGGCUAUAAGAUGUAACAACGUAAUGAUGACAUCUGGAGAAGAAACAUCUUUUCCUUAUAAAAAUGUGUUUUCAAGCUGUUGUUUUAAGAAGCAAAAGAUAGUUCUGCAAAUUCAAAGAUACAGUAUCCCUUCAAAACAAAUAGGAGUUCAGGGAAGAGAAACAUCCUUCAAAGGACAGUGUUGUUUUGACCGGGAGAUGUAGAGAGUGCUCAGAAUUAGGGCCUGGCAUUUGGAAUCAUAGGAUUUAUCAUCACAGAAACAACUGUUUUAAGAUUAGUUCCAUCACCCUCAUCCUGUAUUUUUAUGAGAAACACAAGAGUGCAUACCAGAAUUGAAUAUACCAUAUGGGAUUGGAGAAAGACAAAAUGUGGAAGAAAUCAUAGAGCUGGAGACUAUUUCUGUGCUUUACAAAACUGUGAAGGAUUGUGGUCACCUGGAACAGGUCUCCAAUCUAUGUUAGCACUAUGUGGCUCAGCCUCUGUUACCCCUUGGAUUAUAUAAUAUCAACCUGUAAACAUGUGCCUGUAACUUACUUCCAAAAACAAAAUCAUACUUAUUAGAAGAAAAUUCUGAUUUUAUAGAAAAAAAAAUAGAGCAAGGAGAAUAUAACAUAUUUGCAAAGUCAUGUGUUUUCUUUCUCAAUGAGGGAAAAACAAUUUUAUUACCUGCUUAAUGGUCCACCUGGAACUAAAAGGGAUACUACUUUCUAACAAGGUAUAUCUAGUAGGGGAGAAAGCCACCACAAUAAAUAUAUUUGUUAAUAGUUUUUCAA